CUCCUUAUAUUAAAAACCAAGGCCUAAAAAAACCCAUUCCCCUCAUCCAGGGCUUCUCCCAACUCUCUCUAUCUUGGUCUUUGCGUGCUCUCUUUAUCCUUCUUCUCUCCUCUGUGAAAAACCUAAGAAAUUCAUUCAUGGCAGUCGAGGCACGGCAUAUGAAUAUUUUCCCUCCCCAGUUAAUUACCAACAGAGAUUUUGUGAAGAACAAUCAAGGAAAUGGUGGUUUGUACAAUUCCCAGAUGGAUUACUGCAUUCCUUUGGUGGAUACAAUGCAACAGUCGCAGCAACUCUGGCCGCUGUAUCAAUCCCUUGCUUGUGAUCCGGUUCAGGCGAAGACGUCAAUGAACAAAGAUGACAGCGGUCUCACAUAUAAUAUUCCAGCAGUCACCGCUCCUAGGAAGAGGCCGAGAGAUAAUACAUUCAGUGAUGGGUUUGAUGCAUACCAGGUUUCUCAGAAGAACAAAUUUUCUGCUGUUUCUUCGUUUCUUGAUGAAGAUAUCAUUUCCCACAUCCAGCAACAGCAACAAGAACUCGAUCGUUACCUCGCUGAACAUACGGAAAAAUUGCGGAUGGAACUUGAGGAAACAAGAAAGAGGCAAUCAAGAAUGUUGAUUACAGUGAUUCAGGAAAGGGUCGUUAAGAAAUUGAAAGAGAAAGACGAAGAGAUUCAAAAAAUGGGAAAACUAAACUGGGUACUUCAGGAAAAGGUGAAAAGUUUAUCGGUGCAGAACCAGCUGUGGCGGGACCUAGCACAGACGAACGAGGCGACGGCCAACUCUCUUCGGAGCAACCUGGAGCAGGUAUUGGCACAUGUUAGUGAAGAGCGCCACGUGAGCGGGGCAACGGUCGCGGAUGACUGUGAGUCGAGUUGUGGGAGUAGCGAUUACGGAAGGGAAAAUGUUAAUGGGAUGAGGACUGCGUCGGUGGCGGAGGACAAGGCGGUCGUUGGUGGUGGUGGAGGGAGCAGGGCGUGCAGAAAGUGUGGGGAAAGGGAGUCAAGUGUGCUGUUGCUACCAUGCAGGCAUCUUUGUCUGUGUACAAUGUGUGGGUCCAGUCUCGUAGGCACCUGCCCUGUGUGCGAUUCUGCCAUGAAUGCCAGUCUCCAUAUCAACAUGUCCUGAAAAGGCUGAAACUUUGCUCUCUCGCUCUUUUUUUUUUUUUUUUUUGGGGUUAACCCAGAAAAUGCAAAUACUUUAGAAAUUAAUUAUAUAGAAAAUU